UAUUGGUAAAUUCUUAGGAGCUUUGAACCAUGCAAAUUUUGAAAGAAGAAAUCCAAAAUCUAAAUAGUUAAACCUGAUUUGGAAUAAUCGAACCCGAAGUUUAAAUAUCCGAAUCCGACCUUAUUUUCAAAAUGACCCGAACAUAUACUAGAUUUGUAAACCAAAAUAUCUAAAAAUCUGAAAUACCCGAUUCGAACCUAAACGGGUAGCCGAACGUCUGAGCAUUUGUUCUCAGCUUAGCAUCAAUUAAAACUGUAAUAUUUGGAUUUCGGAAUGAAUUUUCAUUUAAAUUGAUAAUUUGAAACUAGAGCAGGGUGUUGGGUUAUCAGCUCUAACUGCACCUUCAUUUUGCGUUUACCAAUGGUGGGUUGGAAAUUAGGAUAUGCUUCGGGAUUAUGCUAACUAUAGGAAAUACUGUAUGGUUUAUAGUCUCACGAAUCUAUUUGCUAAAAAAAAAGAGAAUACAUUUCAACCUUUUUUAAGAUAAUGUCAUGAGAAGUCAAAAGGAAUAUAAUCCGAACAAAAUAAUAUGUAAGCUAGCGUUUAUGCCUCACCUACUAUUCUUUGACUUUUCAACUUCUCUUGCAAAGUUUAAAUUAAUUAAUAAAAGUUCUUUAUAAGUUUAUACUUACAGUGGUCUUUAGAAAAAAAUAGUUGGAAUGGACUAUUCGAAAGAAAAGAGCCUACGUAAUUCUAACAUCGUAACAAAUUCAAGAAAGCGUGUUUUGCUUUUUCAUAAGCUGUUCAUACCAAGACAUCAUCAACUGGAAGUCUGGAACAAACCAUUGACUUUCCAAAUAUAAACCAAUUAUGAGAUCCUUGAUAUCUUUAUUUUAAUGUCAAAGAUCAUUUUCUACUUGAGAGAAAACAACACAAAUAUUAUUUUUUUCAUAAAAAAAUACACUGACAAAACGUUAAGUUGCCCAAUUUAUAGGAUCGCGUGCCAAGUAAUUAAAUACACAAUUAACAUACAGAGAAACGUAUCCAUCUUUCUGACCUAUCAAUUUAAAUUUGACUGAAAAAAAAGAUAAAACACUUGGAAGAAAACAGAAUCCAUCUUUUCAUCCUCAACGAUUCCAUUUCACACUUUUUCUAUGGAAUAUAUUUGUCUGUCACGAAUCUUGUUCUAGCAGAUUAAAAAAGUCUGUAUUUUGAGGAGGAAGACAUCGACUCUAAAACAAAGAAUUAGAGAAGAAAGUGGAGGGUUUUUGGAGGCAGAGAGACAAGAACUAACUGGUUAAUUCUUGUUGGAAGCCAUGGAUACGAGUGAGGCUAGGAACCGUAAAGUCGUCUCAGUGGAAAAGUUCGAUCUUGAAAUCCCUGAGACUGCUCAUCAGAUCAGCAGCGAUUCAUGGUUUCAGGUAGCAUUUGUACUAACAACCGGUAUAAACAGCGCCUAUGUGUUGGGAUAUUCCGGGACAGUCAUGGUUCCUUUGGGUUGGAUUGGUGGUGUGGUUGGUCUCCUUCUCGCUACCGCAAUAUCCCUUUACGCAAACUCUCUUAUAGCCAAGCUUCAUGAGUUUGGUGGAAAACGACACAUUCGUUAUAGAGAUCUCGCUGGCUUCAUCUACGGUAAAAAGAUGUAUCGUGUUACAUGGGGAUUGCAAUAUGUCAAUCUUUUCAUGAUUAAUUGUGGCUACAUCAUACUUGCUGGUUCCGCUUUAAAGGCGGUUUAUGUACUUUUUAGAGAUGACAGUGUAAUGAAACUGCCUCACUUUAUCGCCAUUGCGGGUGUUGUAUGUGCGCUUUUCGCAAUCGGUAUUCCUCAUUUAUCAGCUCUUGGAAUAUGGCUAGGAGUAUCAACAAUCCUCAGCCUGAUUUACAUUGUUGUUGCAAUAGUUCUAUCAGUUAAAGAUGGAGUAAACAAACCUUCAAGAGAUUACAACAUACAAGGAUCAUCAGUAGACAAAAUCUUUACCAUAACAGGAGCAGCAGCAAAUCUAGUUUUCGCAUUCAACACGGGUAUGCUCCCAGAAAUACAGGCCACUGUGAAGCAACCGGUGGUUAAAAACAUGAUGAAGGCUCUGUAUUUUCAAUUCACUGCUGGUGUAUUACCAAUGUAUACCGUUACAUUCAUCGGUUAUUGGGCUUACGGCUCCUCAACAUCAACUUAUCUGUUAAACAGUGUCAGUGGACCUCUCUGGGUUAAAGCUCUAGCUAACAUUUCAGCCUUUCUCCAAUCCGUUAUCUCUUUACACAUUUUUGCAAGUCCGACGUAUGAGUUUAUGGACACAAAGUAUGGAAUCAAAGGAAGUCCAUUAGCACUGAAGAAUCUGUUGUUUAGAACAGUAGCGCGAGGAAGCUACAUCGCGGUGAGCACUCUUCUCUCAGCGCUUUUACCGUUUCUUGGAGAUUUCAUGAGCCUCACGGGAGCUAUAAGCACUUUCCCUCUCACGUUCAUAUUAGCAAAUCACAUGUAUGUCGUAGCUAUGAACGAUAAGCUUAGUCCUGUUCAAAAGCUAUGGCAUUGGCUUAACGUUUGCUUCUUUGGGUUAAUGUCUCUUGCUGCUGCAAUUGCUGCUGUUAGACUCAUUGCUGUUGACUCCAAGAACUUCCAUGUUUUUGCUGAUGUCUGAAAAGUGCUAUAUCUUUGUCGUCUACGACAUUGUUUAUGUUGUAAUCUCCUUAUAGCGAAACAACUGUAAUCCAUUUUAUUGUUACUUGUACUUCGCUUACAAAUCAAAAAGACUUAUAACCGUUUCCGGUUUGGUUUGACAA